AUGCCCGCCGGGAAAGUGGACUUCUCUCUGAACACGUUUUUCCAAGUCUUCAACCAAUCCAUCUAUCACCUAGUCAACGACCUCGAGAGCGUCGCAUAUGCCACGACCUCUGUUCUUCAGGCAUUCCUCGACGACGGUGUCCGCUAUCUUGAGCUUCGCACCAUUCCCCGCGCGUCCCCGAACUUUAACUUCACCUGUGAUCAGUAUCUCUCCACUGUCCUCGAUACAAUCGCUACAUUCAAAUCCCAGAAUGCCAACAAUAUAUCAAUAUACCUUAUCCUUGGCAUGGACCGCGGUCAACUCACCGAGGAUUCAACGCAUGCACAUGAGAUAAUCGAUUUAGCUAUUGCCAACAGAGAGCGUGGCGUUAUUGGGGUCGACGUCUGCGGAAACCCAACAAAGGGUGACAUCUCCCUGUGUCGAGAUGCCUUCGCCAAGGCAAAGGAGCAUGGCCUAGGCUUGACAGUACACUUCGCUGAAGUACACUCCGUGGGACUUCGCGAGGAGUUGGAGACAAUGCUUUCGUUCAAUCCGGAUCGUCUUGGCCACGUUAUUCAUGUUCCUGAUGACAUCAAGCGAGAGAUCGCGCGCAGGAAGCUUGGGUUGGAGCUGUGCAUGUCUUGUAAUGUGCACGCGAAGAUGUUUGAUGGGGGGUUUCUUGACCAUCAUUUUGGUUACUGGAGGCACGAGGAAUGCCCAGUCGUUCUUUGCACGGAUGACGUCGGUUUCUUCUGCAGCCCCGUCUCGAAUGAGUACCUCUUGGCCGCGGAGCACUUUCAACUGAACCGAAAAGCUAUCCUUAGCAUCGCUCGCGAAGCUGUCGAUGCAAUUUUCGGAGGAGGUGAGGAGAAGCAGCGUCUAUGGGGCCUACUGGAUCAAUUCCAAUCCAAUUAUGACCAAUGA